AUGGAGGAGCUGUACAAGGACGCCCCAAACCUGCCCAUGGACGUCACCAGCUCGCCCUCGGCAAUGGCCAACAACAAGCUGGAGAACGGGGUGGCCCAGCUGAUCACGGCGGAGGCCUGGAACAUCAACUCGGCCGACCUGAUGAAGAAGGCCCUGUCCCCGCUGGUGACCGUCCCCGCGCCCUCCAUCCUGACACCGCCGGCCGAGUCGCAGAGCGGGGUGGCCCUGAAGGUGGCGGCCACUGUGCUGCAGCCCAUCUGCCUAGGGGACAGCCCCGUCGUCCUGCCCAUCCACCUGCAGGUUGCCGGCAGCGCCGCCCCACAGAUGCCAGCUACCAACGCUGCCACCCCCUACGUCAUGACCAGCCAGGGCCCCGUCCCGCUGCCCGUCCUCCUGGAGCAGCACGUCUUCCAGCACCUGAACUCGCCCCUGGUGCUGCCCCCAGGGGCCGCCUGCCCUGCCAGCCCCCUGCACGCCGGCCUUUUCCCCGGUGCCGCCGCCCCCGUCGGGCAGCCCCAGCUCCUGGACCCCAAGCCCUCCGGCCAAGCCCAGGAGCCCGUCCUGCCCCCCGUCUUUCAGACACCGGGGUUCGCCGCUGUCCUUCAGGACCUGUUUCCCUCGCAGGGAGCCCUGGGCUCUACCCCCUGCCAGCCCCCGCCCGACUACACCACCCUCCCACCCCAGGCCUUCAGCUCGCCCCUCUCCCCGCUGGUGCCCCCCGCCACACUGCUGGUGCCCUACCCCGUCAUCGUGCCCCUGCCCGUCCCUGUCCCCAUCCCCAUCCCUGUCCCCAUCCCCGUGCCCCACGGCGCCGAGGCCAAGGCGGCCCCCGACCCGCCCAAGCCGACACUCUUCACCCCACAGGCAGGAGGAGGCCAGGGCCCCGCCAGGCCAGGGAGGAGGCGGCGGUGUGGAGGAGCUGUGUGCCGAUGCGGCGGGGGGGGGCGGGGGGGGGGGGGGGGGCCCGCCGCGGGGGGCCCGCCCGGGCUGCUGCGGCAGCCGCAGAAGUGGUUGGUGGAGCAGGCGGGCAGGGCGGGCUGCGAGCCCAAGGCCGGCAACAACAUCGAGAUCGUCAGCACCUCGCAGACAGCCAAAGUCAUCGUCUCCGUCAAGGACGCCGUGCCCACCAUCUUCUGCGGCAAGAUCAAGGGCCUGUCGGGGGUCUCCACCAAAAACUUUUCCUUCAAAAGGGACCUGCCCCAGGACUCGGUGCUGCAGUGCUACGACGUGAAGAGCCCGCCCGAGCCCCGUGACAGCACCGAGGCCCUCAGGAAACCUGUCAAAAACAGGAGCGUAAAGCUAAAGAAAAUGAACUCACCGGAGAUACAUAUUCUUCCAAUCAAGAAGCAACGGCUUGCUGCCUUUUUUCCAAGAAAGUAAAUUAUGGGUUUUUAGAAUUUUAAGAUUAUUAUGAGAAGAAGAAGAAAAAAAAAUAAUAAGAAAGAUGCACUUGGUUUUAAACUCAUUUAAAACUUUAAACUAUCUUUGUAAGUUAUUUUUGGGGGAAGGGGGAGAGGAUCGGAUGUAGAGUUCCUAUAAGCUGGGUUGGUUUUUUUUUCUUUCUUUUUUUUGUUAUCGAAUUUUGACUUUUCAUGGGAAACUGAAUAAAAAGCAACCUAUUUUUCAAGCAGAUUGCACAUUUUGCAGCUUUAAUGGAGUAAUGGAUGAGUCAGAGGGGUAAGAGCUAUUUUCACUGCCAUAAAGUGCUUUGAUGAUGUAAUUCUUCAUAAUGGUCGGAAUGGAAAUUUCAAAAUAAAUGUUUGUACGUGCUAA